GCCCGAGGUUUGGGUGGGGCGGGCAAGGAUCUGGUCCUGGACCUUGUCCCUUGUGCCCCGCCCUCCCCUGAGCCAGAGAGGCCGCUCUCCUGCCGGGGCGUGCAGGGAGUGCCAGUUUCCUUCACUACGCUGCGGGCUGCUUGCUAGAGAAAGCUCUCUGUUGCAGGCAGUGUACAAGUCCAGGCCAGGUUGAGGAGGAUUUGCAGCGCCACGCCCUGAGCAGUGGGACAGAGGCUAGCCGCCAGGGGGGCACGGAGCCCCCGGGAGCUUGACUUGUGAUCUCUCUGGCCAUCUCCUUGCCUACCUGAGCCUCAGCCCUAUUUUUGUUAUUGUUGGUUUUGUGACCCUCAUCAUAUUCAAGCGGGAGCUACACACGAUUUCAUUCCUUGGGGGCCUGGCACUGAAUGAAGGCGUCAACUGGCUGAUCAAACACGUCAUCCAGGAGCCUCGGCCCUGUGGAGGCCCACACACGGCAGUGGGCACUAAGUACGGGAUGCCCUCCAGCCAUUCCCAGUUUAUGUGGUUCUUCUCCGUCUAUUCCUUCCUUUUCCUGUAUCUGAGAAUGCAUCAAACAAAUAACGCCAGGUUCUUGGACUUGCUGUGGAGGCAUGUGCUUUCCCUAGGGCUCCUCACCGCAGCCUUUCUCGUCUCCUACAGCAGGGUCUACCUGCUGUACCACACCUGGAGCCAGGUCCUCUAUGGGGGUAUUGCUGGAAGCCUCAUGGCCAUCGCUUGGUUCAUCUUCACCCAAGAAGUUCUCACCCCACUGUUCCCCAGGAUAGCAGCCUGGCCCAUCUCCGAAUUUUUCCUCAUCCGGGACACAAGCCUCAUUCCCAAUGUGCUCUGGUUUGAGUACACAGUAACCAGGGCAGAAGCCAGGAACAGACAACGCAAGCUGGGAACAAAACUGCAGUGACUGGCAGGUGUGGCUGGGUCAAGCCUCCGAAUCUGGCCUGCACCAUGCCUUGCAGGACUGACAGGAUGAUGGACAGAGGGUGAAGCAGGACCUCUACAGACCCAAGUCACCAAGUGGAGCCUUUUUUUUUUUCUUAUUUUAAUUUUAAUGGACUUGGUGGACCAAAGGGCUUAGAUAGGCCCUCAUCGAGGACCCUGGCAGGGCCUGCUCUCUGUGGGUCAUAUGGCCAGAGGCCCCGGCUCUGCUGCUGCCAGCUCCUGACUGGGUGGAAAGUGCUCUUGGCAUGGGCCCUGGGGUGGGUAGAGCAUAGUGGCUCAGUCCUCUGGUCUGGAGACAGGAACUCCAGGUGGUGGAGUGCACACUAUUUAUUUUUUGGGAUGGUGAAGUUCAGGCUGAAGAGGCAGCUCUGCAGUGGCUGCCCAGUGUACGGAGGAGCCCAGGUCAGCUCCCAGGCCUUGUGUCCUGAGCCACAGGUGGGGCAGCCUGCCUCCUGUUGGACCUGAGUGGGGCCCGGGGCCCAUGAGUGAGGCAUCCCCCGCCGUCCCUGCCACCGUUGCGAUUCCAGAACCUUGUCAGUGUUUCCCUGUCUGGGGGCAGGGCCCAGAGUGAGCACUGUCCGUCAGCUGCUGUCAUUGUGCUCUUCCCUAUAGCGACCCCACAUCACAAGGGCUUUCUCUGGUCCUCUGUCCCCAAGACAGUCAUCCCUUCCCGACAAAAGAGCCUGCACAGAUGGUGGGGACACCAAGCGUUUACAGUUCCUUUUGUCUGGCCAUCCGGUAGCAAGCAGUCUGUCUUCAUCCCACAUGAACAAAGUAGAGGAGCCAGGACUCCGGCAGUGUGGCAGUGCUCAUACCCUCCCCCUCAGCUGCCCUGUGUGUUCUGGAUUUGUUCCUGCCCUGGAGGCUGGAAACUUGUGUGCACGUUGACCCUGGAGGCUGCCUGGGUGUGGACUCUCUGAUCCCCACCUGCCCAGCUGCAAGGAGUCCCUCUUGGGGCCUCUCUCUGAGUUGCCCUGCCACAGCUGUGGAGAUGCUUCCAGAACUGAAGCUGCCAGCCCUGGGGACUGUUGGAAGCCUCCCCCUUCUCUCUGUGGAGGUUCCUAGCCUGCUGCUGAAGCACAAGUCCUUGGUGCUUUCCUUUGUGUUUGUUAAAGGCUGUGUCCAAACCCGAGACACCAGGGCCAGGGCUGGUUUCUAGGGCGGUAGGUCAGUCACAUUCCCUCCCUCCCCCUAGGAUUUUUAUUUUUUACUUUUUGCCUGAGACAAGCCAAGUGUGAGGUGGUUUAAGAAAAUAAAUGAAAUUGUUUACUAUUGUUUUAAAAUAAAAUCUGAAACUCUG